CGCGCUCCCCCUCCUCCGGCUGCUCGGGCGGAGCUGCUGCUGCUGCUGCGCCGGCCUUGGGCUCGUCGUCCCCUCCCGGCCGGGGAACCCCGGAGCCUCUCCGCUCUCGGGCCGAGACCAUGAGGAAGUUCAACAUCAGGAAGGUGCUGGACGGCCUGACCGCCGGCUCGUCCUCGGCCUCGCAGCAGCAGCAGCAGCAGCAGCACCCGCCGGGGAACCGGGAGCCCGAGAUCCAGGAGACGCUCCAGUCCGAGCACUUCCAGCUCUGCAAGACUGUUCGCCAUGGAUUUCCCUAUCAGCCCUCAGCUCUGGCCUUUGAUCCUGUACAGAAGAUCCUGGCGGUGGGAACUCAGACUGGUGCUUUAAGGCUCUUUGGUCGUCCAGGAGUAGAAUGUUACUGCCAACAUGACAGCGGAGCUGCAGUAAUCCAGCUCCAGUUCCUGAUUAACGAGGGAGCGCUUGUGAGUGCCUUGGCUGAUGACACCUUACACUUGUGGAAUUUACGUCAAAAAAGGCCUGCUGUACUACAUUCACUCAAAUUUUGCAGAGAAAGGGUUACAUUUUGCCAUCUGCCUUUCCAGAGUAAGUGGCUCUAUGUAGGCACUGAACGAGGUAAUAUACAUAUUGUUAAUGUGGAGUCCUUCACACUCUCAGGCUACGUCAUUAUGUGGAAUAAAGCCAUUGAACUGUCAUCUAAAUCUCACCCAGGACCUGUUGUACAUAUAAGUGAUAAUCCAAUGGAUGAGGGAAAGCUUUUGAUUGGCUUUGAAUCUGGAACAGUAGUCUUAUGGGAUCUCAAGUCGAAGAAAGCUGACUACAGAUACACAUAUGAUGAGGCUAUCCACUCUGUUGCUUGGCAUCAUGAAGGAAAACAGUUUAUUUGCAGUCAUUCAGAUGGCACUUUGACUAUAUGGAAUGUGAGGUCCCCUGCCAAGCCUGUACAGACAAUCACUCCACAUGGAAAGCAGUUAAAGGAUGGGAAGAAGCCAGAGCCAUGCAAACCUAUCCUCAAGGUGGAAUUCAAAACGACUAGAUCUGGGUGAGCUGGAAGCAUGGCUCAAGUGGUAGAGUGCCCACCUAGCAAGUGUGAAGUCCUGAGUUCAAACCCCAGUACUGCAAAAAUAAAUAAAUAUUUAAAAAAAAUUGGUAAAAUGUAAAAGCAUACUUAUUAGCCAUCCUUGAAAUACCACAUAUACAAUACUUGGCCAAUGUGUUCUACUCUGUUAAAAUUGAGAAAUAUUAGUUCCCCAUUAAAUUUUUUACCUUCUUUAUGGUAUUUAAUAUAUUCAGUUGUUUGUUAUAUUUUAAGGCAUAGCAGAGAAUCGAUACAUCCUUUUUAUUCAUUCUAUGUAAUAAAAACAAAAGAAAUUAAAUAUAUUUUCCUGAUCACAGCCAUGGUAAUCACAGUAUGCUGAGAAGAUGAAACAAUAGGCGUAUAAAUGUGAUUUAGUUAGGAUAAAUUUCACUCUCCUGCAGUUUUGCUGGAAAAGUAAUAUUACCCAAAUCAGUUUAGUAGUGAUUUAUAAAUAAUAGCUAGAGAAUGAUUAGUAUAACACUCAUUCAUUCAUUUAAAAAAAUAGGUAAUUGGUACCUUCUGUGUCUGGCACUGUUCCAGACAUUGUUUUGAUACAACAUUGAACAAAACACAAAAAAACCCUGCUUCCUGGAGGAUAUAUUUGAAUGAGAAAAACAUUAAGCAAAAAUUAUUUCUAGUUGUGGAAAGAAAGGAAGGUAAGAUAAAUGAGGGUGUAGUUUUGCUAAACAGUCAUAUAAACAAACACAUAUGUACAUGUCUUUUAUGUAUUAUAUUAGGUAGAAUGUUUAUUAAAGUAAUUAUAUUACUUGCCCUAAUAUUUAUAUUUAUUUAUAAGACACAUACCUGUAUAAUUACUAAUCUAACUAAUUAAAUUUUAAUGGCUUAUUCUUAUUUUAGAUAAAAAUAAACGUAAUUUAGUAGUUUCAAUUUUUUUCUGCACGUACAAUGAAGGAAAAUUUUCAUUAUUGUUAGGAUUUGGCUAUAUUGACAAUAAUAAUAGGUAGCUGAGGGUUUAAGAAUUGUCUAAGGGGAGGUACAUCUCCAUUUUAUAAAUGUAUAAACCAGACACAGAGCUUAAGCAUCUUGUCCAAGAUCACACAGAAAGCAAAACCAUACUUGAGAUUUAAAUGCAGAGUUUAAUUCUAGAACUAGCACAUUUAACUAUUAGAUAUUAUUACAUACUGCUUAUGAUAGAAGAGAAGACUUUAAAAAUCCUGUAAGUAGAAAAGAAAGGGAUAACGUUAACAAUGGAUGAGGAAGAAAAUAGAUAUACUGGCUUUAGAGUAAGCCUUAAAUACGAAGAACUCAUAAAGAGAUGCAAGAAAAUCACAUGUAAAAAAUUUAAAUCAUCUCUGUGAUGUAUAAAAAGUAACUUCAGUACUAAAAAUGUUAUGAAAAGUCAAAGAUACAGAAAUAUGCCAGGUAUACCUAGAUAACUCAUUUAGUUUUAGUAAUAACUGUUAGGGAGAGAGAGUAAGGAAGUUAACAGAGUUGUGGAACUGGCAGCAGGAGUACGCAGGUGGCAAGCUGGAAGCUGAUAGGCUGUACGUUGGGAGCUGAGGUUUGAAGGUAUAUCUGCCAGGGUUCCAGAAAAAAUUAAGGCCUACAGAAAAUUACCUGAGUGACUCCUUUCUUGGUUGUCAAGGGUGAUUUGUAGUUAGUACAGUUCUUGAUGGAUCCUUGUAAGGUGAGUGUAUUAAAUACCUCAUGGCAUUAAAGUUUUCUCUAGCUUUUGUUUGAGUAGCCCUGGGUAGGACUGGAAGUAAAAGUCAUCCUUUCAAGAGACUUAUCUACAGAAACCCAGAGGAAAUUUUAUGACAGUUUUCUAUAGGAAAUAAAAUGCUUUAAGGACAAAAGGGAGAUAAGAGAGUCAAAGUGGUCCAUGUUCAUUUUUGUUAUUGUUUAAUUUUCAGGAAUUUACCUGUGUCUGAACGUAAAUAAAAAAUUCCAAAUGUGAUUAUUUAGUUAUUUGAUGUAUAAAAAUUUUAGAAAAUAAGGUUUUGUUAUUUCACUACAUAAAAACAUGAUUCAGAGAGCAAAUAGUCUUCACUAUGCUGUUUAUAAUCCUAACUGCAUUCUGUUUCCAGGGAACCUUUUAUUAUUUUAUCAGGAGGUUUGUCAUAUGAUACUGUAGGAAGAAGACCUUGCUUAACAGUGAUGCAUGGAAAAAGUACUGCUGUACUGGAAAUGGACUAUUCAAUUGUU